AUGAGAGAGGUACUCUACAUCCAAGCAGGGGAGAUUUCAAACUAUACGGGAACUCACUUCUGGAAUACUCAAGAAACCUACUUGAACGACGGAGAAGAUGGAGAUUCUGAAGAAUCAAUCAUCGAUCCCAAUAUCUCAUUCUGUGAGACUGCUGAUGCGCAGGGGAUAGUGUCGCUAUAUCCCCGUGUCCUCGUUAUCGAUCGUAACUCAAAAUUUGGACGCUUGAGGAGCUCGCAGACCUGCGAAGGUGAUACCUCCGCCGUUCUUUGGAACGGCAAGGUUGUAGAACACAGACAAGAACCCAUUCAGCCGAGUCGUUAUCAGACUCUGGUGGAAGAAGCUUCUGAGCAGACGGCGAAACACCCUGCUCGCUCUCCUGCCGAGAUCGAUGUCCGGUAUUGGUCCGAUUUCGGACGCCCCUCCUACCUCCCAAGGUCUUUGCAAAGAAUCCCCGACUCUUCAGUUUGGGGAAACGGCAGUGUCAAUUGGAACGACGGUCCAGAAUUUUUUUCAAGAUAUAACGAAGAGUUUGAACUGAUGGAUAGCGCGGUUCGCCUUCUAAUUGAAGACUGCGAUAACAUACAGGGUAUACAAGUCCUGAACGAUGCAAGCACGUUCGGGAGCUAUAUGGGAUCCUUUUUCGUAUCCUUUCGGGAUGAGUAUCUUAAACUUCCAUCGCUUUCUUUCCCGCUAGGUGUAGGUGGGAUCUCGAAAUCCCUUGAUAUCGAAAAUGCCGAGAGCACGCGAAAGUUUCUCAAUGAAGCAUUGUAUCUGAGCGCUCUAAACGAGCUUUCAUCGAUGAACAUCCCCAUCAACGACCCGGCUUCAUGGCGGGGACCCAGAGGCUGGCCAACCAAGAGCAAGUACCACCAAUCCGCCAUUCUCUCGACGCACAUUGAGACCGUGACUCUCCCGCUUCGGCUGAGAAAUGCUCCCGAGGAUAUCUCGAGCGCCUGCAGGCAGCUCAAGUGGCGAACAUCGACGCCGUUUGGAGAAUUGAGUGGAGUCUUCCCAGUCAGUUCGAUAUCAGAUCUGGACGGAGCGGUCCAUAAUUUCUCCAUUGAUACCCCAGGCCAGUCGAGCACCGUGUACACACGGUGGGAUGUCACUCGAGGUCUUUCGCCGAGACAGAUAGGGGCGUAUGAGGAGUGGAUUGAAAAGAAACGCACUGCGACAGGACCGUACACCAAAAGCACCCACAGUUUUGCUUACCCCCUUCCGAGCUCCUUCCCACCUCUCACCAGCGAAGAAGAUCAAUACUUAUUAUCCUCGUCGAAUCCUAUUUCGACACAAGUACUCUCUACUCUCUCGACGUCAAGCAACACAGCCAAUCUUCUCGAAGGAUAUGCCCUAUUCGUGGAGAAGUGUCUGAAAACGCGGACAUCUGUUGUUAUUUCCGCCGGAACCUCCUUCGACGAUCUAAAAGAGCUUGCGAACAAUCUUUGGACAAUGCACGACAAUUCGUCUGGUCUGGAAGAACUUGGUGACAUCUAG